GCCGGGUCAUGUGCUGGGCGAAUAUGGCCACCGCCCGCUAGCACUGCCGGCACCGGAGGAGCAGGGCAGCCCACCCGCCCGGCCGGCCAUGCGGGGCUUGUCCCGGCCCGGCCACUCUGCGUGACUCCCCCGCUUUGCCUAGCCCCGGCUCCGGCCGCCCCGAGUCUCGCCCGCAGCGCCCCGUGCCGCCGCCAUGAACGCGGAGAAGGACUUCGCGCCGCUGACGCCCACCAUCGUGCGCGCGCUGAACGACAAGCUCUACGAGAAGCGCAAGGUGGCGGCGCUCGAGAUCGAGAAGUUAGUACGGGAGUUCGUGGCUCAGAGCAACACGACCCAGAUCAAGCAUGUGAUCCAGAUCUUGUCACAGGAGUUUGCGCUUUCACAGCACCCUCACAGCAGGAAAGGGGGACUCAUCGGCCUGGCAGCCUGUUCCAUCGCCCUUGGCAAGGACUCUGGGCUGUACUUGAAGGAGCUAAUAGAGCCAGUGCUGACGUGCUUCAAUGAUGCUGACAGCCGUUUGCGGUACUAUGCCUGCGAGGCCUUGUACAACAUUGUCAAGGUGGCCCGGGGCUCUGUCCUGCCUCACUUCAAUGUGCUGUUUGAUGGCCUAAGCAAGCUUGCUGCUGAUCCAGACCCAAAUGUAAAGAGUGGCUCAGAACUACUGGACCGAUUGCUCAAGGACAUUGUGACUGAGAGUAACAAGUUUGAUCUGGUGAGCUUCAUCCCCCUGCUGCGGGAGCGGAUUUAUUCAAACAACCAAUAUGCCCGGCAGUUCAUCAUAUCCUGGAUCCUAGUGCUAGAGUCUGUACCUGACAUCAAUCUCCUGGAUUACCUGCCGGAGAUCCUGGAUGGCCUCUUCCAGAUCCUGGGAGACAACAGCAAAGAAAUACGGAAAAUGUGUGAAGUAGCACUUGGGGAAUUCCUUAAGGAGAUCAAGAAGAAUCCCUCCAGUGUCAAGUUUGCAGAGAUGGCCAAUAUUCUAGUGAUUCACUGUCAGGCCUCUGAUGACCUGAUACAGCUUACGGCCAUGUGUUGGAUGAGGGAGUUCAUCCAGCUGGCUGGCCGGGUGAUGCUGCCCUACUCCUCUGGGAUCCUGACUGCAGUUCUGCCAUGUCUAUCCUAUGAUGACCGCAAGAAGAACAUCAAAGAGGUGGCCAAUGUGUGUAACCAGAGCCUGAUGAAGCUUGUCAUCCCAGAAGAUGAUGAAACAGAUGAAGCCAAGCAAUCCAUGAGCCUGCAAACAGAAGCCAACUCAGAGGAGUCUCUCUCCAAGCCUGAGGUGCCCUCCAGUGGUUCCCUUGAUACCUCGAGUGACUCCAAUUUCAGCAACACCAGUGUCUUCACUGUAACCAGUUCUGACAAAGUACAGGUGACGCUUAACCUUGAUGGAAUAGUUCAGGUGCUGGACUAUCACCUUCAUGACACGUCCAUUGGGAUGAUGACCAGAAUUGCAGUUCUGAAAUGGCUCUAUCAUUUGUACAUCAAGACUCCUCGUAAAAUGUUCCGGCACACGGACAGCCUCUUCCCCAUUUUGCUUCGAACGCUGUCAGAUGAAUCAGAUGAAUUCUGCUUGAGCUACUUUGGCUGCAAAGUUGGUCACUCAGCACCUCCUGAUGUUAUCUUGAAGGAUCUAGAAGUGUUGGCUGAGAUUGCAUCUUCUCCUGCAGGCCAAACGGAAGGACAUGGGCCAUAUGAAGGCUCAGACAUGCAAUCCAGCCAAUCAGAGCUCCAUGUGCCCAUCAAACCCAGCCAGCUGAGCACCUCUGGUACUAAAGGCGUGGAGUGUUCUCCUUCCACACCCACCAUGAACUCCUACUUCUACAAAUUCAUGAUCAAUCUGCUCAAGAGAUUUAGCAGCGAGAGGAAACUACUGGAGACAAGGGGAGCUUUCAUCAUCAGGCAACUUUGUCUACUGCUGAAUGCAGAGAACAUCUUCCACUCCAUGGCAGACAUCUUGCUUCGGGAGGAGGACCUUAAGUUUGCCUCUACCAUGGUUCAUACCCUGAACACUAUACUGCUGACAUCCUCUGAGCUCUUCCAGCUGAGAAACCAGCUCAAAGACCUGAAGACACUGGAGAGCCGUAACCUGUUUUGCUGCCUGUACCGUUCCUGGUGCCACAACCCUGUGACAACUGUGUCCCUCUGCUUCCUCACCCAGAACUACAAACAUGCCUAUGACCUCAUCCAGAAGUUUGGGGACCUGGAAGUCACAGUGGAUUUCCUCACAGAGGUAGACAAGCUGGUACAGCUCAUUGAAUGUCCAAUUUUCACAUAUCUUCGCCUGCAGCUGCUGGAUGUGAAAAAUAAUCCCUACCUGAUCAAGGCUCUCUAUGGGCUGCUGAUGCUGCUGCCCCAGAGCAGUGCCUUCCAGCUCCUCUCCCACCGCCUGCAGUGUGUGCCCAACCCUGAGCUCAUGCAGACCACAGACAGCACCAAGAUUGGCCAUGGCUUCAAGAAAUCACCGGCACCCAACAUCGACUAUGUGGAGCUGCUGCAGCACUUUGAGAAAGUCCAGAACAAGCACCUAGAAGUGCGGCACCAGCGGACAGGCCGGGGGGAGCACCUGGACCGGAGGGUCAUCCUCUGAGUGCCAAAGCCCUCAGCAUGUGUGGAGACUGUAGCUCGGGGAGAGGCCAAGGCAGGGGGAGCCACAGGGACUUAGUGGCUGCAGUGGAUUCAGGACAUGUGCUCCAUUGGGGAGGGAGGACCAGGGCUGUUUGGAACACUCAGCUGGGGAAGGAUCUCCACCAGCAAUGCUUGCAUGCAGGGCACUUUCCUGGAGAAAUGUCUGCAAAGCCCAGGACCCCAUACCAUGCAACCUUUCUCAUUAUCUCAAAACAAGCUUGUUGGGACCUGUUGGUAGGGAGGUGACUGGAGGAGCCACCAACUCCAUCUACCCAUCCUUGGACUCGUGCAACAGGGUGAGCUAGCUACUUGCCUUACUAAUGCCUCCCCUGUGACAGUCAGAUGAUGGCCUAGACUGGCCUUGCCAGUAAAGCCAUAGGGCAAAUAUGUCAGAGGAAUUUUCUGGUACCUCCAGCCUGAAAACAAGCGUGCGUGUGAUUGGAGGGGCAUUACCUCCCUUGCUGCCCUCCCGCAUGUCACCUCCUCAGUCAGCUCUGUGACACUCUUCAUGAAGGAAAACAGGUCUCCAUAGCUGGCUCCCUGGAUCUUGCAGAGGAGCCUCUUCUAACCUCCCCAGGGCAGUGCCAGCAGCAUCUAAUUCUCCAGUGCUCCUGGCUCUCUGGAUCCACAUUCCUGUGCGUGUGCAUGCACACGUGUAUGUGUGUGUGCGUGUCCCUAGCCCCCAGUGUAACUCCCCUCACUGCUGUGCAUAUGGUGAUGCAGCCUUAAUUUAUAGCUAACCUCAGAGCAUUCUACAUGUGUGUAUAUAGAGUCCAAAUCAGAUUUCUAGCUUGAAAAUAGAUCUUUGUACCUACAAAAACCCCUCCCCAUAUCAAAAUAAAAGAAUGGCGCAGAA